UAAAAAUAUCCGAAAAUAUACCUCGGUUCUCUUUUCUUCAUUCUGAAUUCUCCAAUCAAUCGCAAUUCACAACUAGGGUUUCUAUUUACCUAAAUCAACGCUGUCUACUCUCUUCUUCUCAACAAGGUUUUCUCGAAUUCAUCUUUACAAUCGAAUUUCUCUCAAGUAAAAGUGUAAAUCAGCUUCUGAUUCUAUUCCAAUUCCAAUGUCUCAUCCCAGCAAAAAUGCUGCUGGAGUUGACAACACUUUUCGGAGGAAGUUCGAUAGAGAAGAGUAUUUGGAACGUGCUCGUGAGCGCGAACAAAAGGAGACAGAAUCUCGGUCUAAAUCCAAAUCAAAAGGUCCCCCAAUACAAAGGAAACCUUUGAAACACAGGGAUUAUGAAGUGGACCUUGACUCUCGUUUGGGAAAGACUCAGGUUGUUACUCCAAUAGCACCCCUAAGUCAACAGGCAGGGUACUACUGCUCAGUUUGUGAAUGUGUAGUGAAGGAUUCUGCAAACUAUUUGGACCAUAUCAAUGGGAAGAAACAUCAAAGAGCUUUGGGCAUGUCUAUGCGGGUGGAACGGGCCUCUCUUGAGCAGGUACAGGAGCGAUUUGAACUUCUCAAGAAGCGGAAAGAUACUGGACCCUUUACCGAGCAAGAUUUUGAUGACCGGAUCUUAAAACAGCAGCAAGAAGAGGAGGAAAGGAAGCGUCAACGUAGAGAGAGAAAGAAAGAGAAGAAGAAAGAGAAGGCAGCAGAGGAGGAAACUGAGGUAGAUGCCGAUGUUGCAGCAAUGAUGGGAUUUGGGGGUUUUGGUUCAUCCAAAAAGUGAUCUUAAGAUGCUUAUCCCUAGCCUAGACGUCCUGAAUUCAACUAGAAAGGGUAACUUUUCAAGUUUUUGGCUUUCCUUUCAGAAUGUAACAAAUAGUAAUGUAAGUGUUCACAUGGCUGUUGUUAUAAGCUUAACUUGGGGCUGAAUAUCAUUUCCAGUUUUGUACAUUUCAUCUUACUGGAUAUGUUGCCAAAAAUAUAGAUGAGCGAUGAUGCGCUUCUUCUCGAUUGAGGUGAUAUUGUUUUGGAAAACACUUUUACCAUUCGACUGCUUUGCAAUAUGGUUAAGCAUGCUUGUUGUAACAUUUGAAUCCAAAGCUGGUAAUAACAUUUUGCAUUCUGGAAA